GUGUGUAAAAUGUCAGUCAGCUGUUGGAGGUGAUUUUUUUCAGUGAGUCAGUAAAAUAAAGCAGUUGUGGUGUUUUCUUGGACUCUGAGCCUCAGACAGUUUAUCAGACACACAGUCGGAGUAAAACGACGAUCGAGUUUGUGAGGAAAUGAUGCAGCAGAAAACGAAAGUGCUGCGCAGUAAAAGAAGGAGGGAUGAUGAUGAAGGAGUGAGGAAGCGGUAGAAGGUGUGGUUCUGCUGCUUCUAAACACUGUGUGCUCUGAUGCUGCUGAAUCCUCGGAGGACUCGGACCAACAUGAAGCUCCUUCAGCUCGUCUGGAUCUUCCUGCUCACUCUGUGCGGACAAAGCGCUGUCAUUAAGAUGAAGGUCAAGGAAGGCAAUGACGCCAUUUUGGACUGUUCCUUCGGCACUACAAACAUUGAGAAUGGAGUGUUUGACUGGAAGAAAGAUAACGAAAACAAGAAGGUUUUCUUUUUCUCUCAGGGCAGUUAUUAUGGUCACGGACAAAUAGGUCAAGAUCCACAGUUUGAAGGUCGGGUCUCUCAUUUUGCUGACCAACUCCAGCUCGGUAACGCCUCCAUCAAGAUCAAAAAAGCAAAACUGUCAGACAGUGGAACCUACACGUGUUAUUCCAUCUCCCCUCAGCCACAAAUACGAUCGAGUAUCAAUCUGACUGUUGAUCCUAUCUUGAAACCCAGACCAGCAGUAGUAGGUGCUUCUCCACUUCCUUAUAUAACCUUUAAUAGGUCAGAUGAUGAAGUGCUGCUGAAGUGUGAAGUUAACGGAUCCUUUCCAGAACCUGAAGUCGAGUGGUGGGACAGCGAUGGAAACGUCCUGGCAGUUGGUGACCCACAGAUCAGAGAUGGAAAAGGAAAGAAAUAUGAUACCAUCGUCAAUGUUACAGUGACCAAGGCUGGGUUCUAUCGCUGUGUGGCCACGCAGAAGGAAAUCUACCAUCAGGUUUUUACUAAGGCCUAUGUCCCUCAUCCUGGUCCACCUCCAAACAUGUCCGUCACAAAUGUUACAGAAACAAAAGAUGGAGUUUUGCUUCAGUGUGAAGUUCUUGGUGCUUCUCCAGAACACAAAGUAUUCUGGAAGAACAGAGCUGGAAACCUGGUUCUAGAUGAAGAGCUACAGAAGACAGAAACAGGAGGCGGCUACGACCUGAUUCUCAAAACUACCGUGAAAAGAAACGACUACUAUCGCUGUGUGAUCACGGAGGGGAAGAUGGACGAUGAGAUCUACUCUGAGAUCUUUGUGCCGAGCUCUGGGGAUAAUCCCAGAAGCUCCGUGAGUCGACUUGUUCCUGCAGCUGUUGUUGGAGUUCUUGGACUUGUUGCUGCAGUUGUUGUCUGAGUUUCUCUACAUUUGAUUCAUCGCUGCAGUAAGUCUGCUGGAGGUUCAACACCUAAAGGAAAACUCUGGCUCCACCUGCUGUUCUGUCAACUUCCUGAUUUAAUGUUUACGGGGUUUCUGCUGAUUGUAGUUGUGUUUCAAGAAAGGAAAAGUUUGCAAAAAUCCUUAAUUUUGUGAAGAAGUUGUUGUUCAAUUCAGGGUCCAGAUCACCACUAAAAUGAUCACAUAUGUAAGCAGUUAUUGAGUUAAAAUUUAAGGUGGUGCAUUAAUGGUUUGGUCUGUUUUGGGUUCUGUAGCUGCAGUUUUAACCACAGAGGAAAAACAAUCAGAGCCUGUUAAAGACAAAAACAAACACUUUGACUUUUAACUGUUUUCAUUGCAGUUAUUGAUGCGAUUCCAUUGAUUUUUGUCUCUAUUAAUCAUUUGCACCCAGAUUUAUGACGAAAACACGAUCCUGGUUAAACAAUGUUGGAAUCAUCCUUCAAGGACGUCAAACAUUUCUUUGAUAAAUUAAAUCGGAACUAAAACCGACCGCAGAGCUCUGAGAGGCAAAUUUGUGUUUUAUGAAUUUAACUGACAAUAAAACGGUGAAAAACUCUAAAAAAAAAACGAUAACGAAGAAAGAAGGUUUUUCUG